AAAGCAGUGGCAAGUAAACAAAAAUAAUUCUUGACACAUUUACAUUUUUAUAUUUAUGGAUAAGUAAAAUUAUUAUUUUUCUAAAAUUUAGAAACAAUCAGGUAUUGGCAUUAACAAAAAGUCAUUAAGUAGAAGUCACAAUGCGAAAAACUUGGGUCAAACGUGAAAAUAUUUAUUAUAAACCAUUCUAUAAGCAAAAGUCCAAGAUGUUCUUAUUAGGAGUAUUCCUAUUAGGCAUAGUGUUUAUAAUCUAUCAAGCUUUUUCCAUAAAUCAAUUGCAUAGUGCAAGUACGCCAUGGAGCUUAGAAGGUACGAUGAAAGGGCUUCGCAAGAAGCAUUUGGAAGUGAUAAAAUCUCUUGGACGAAAGCAAAGUGAUGACUACGAUGAAGGAGGAGGCGGAGUUGCGGCAUUAGAAAUUAAUCCUCCGGAUGAUUCUAUAAAAAUUAUACGCGGCAUUCGUCUGUUCGAUUAUGAUUCAUAUAAACCUAAUUUUGACGGCAAGUUUCGCUGUUUGGAUGGUAGUAAAGAAGUGCUUUUUGAACGUGUCAAUGAUGACUUUUGCGACUGUUUUUCCGAUGGAAGUGAUGAGCCCAGCACAAACGCUUGUCAAAAUGGAAGGUUUUAUUGUAAAUACCAAAAAAGACACAUCACGGGGCGCGGCGUAGACGUAUUUGUACACAGUAGUCGUGUUAAUGAUGGCAUCUGCGAUUGCUGCGAUGGCAGCGAUGAAUGGUUGACAAUUAGCUGUACAAAUAAAUGUACACAAUAAAUAUAUAUGUAUAUUGUGUCUGUAAUGCACCACAAUUAAGUUAUCGGUUAUAUUAGUGUUAGAAACAAUACUCUUAAAAAGGUAAAUAAUGCUAUAGACAGUUAGUGUAAUUAAUGUAGAUUUAGUUUAAUAUAAAUAGGAUUUUGAAUCGAAUAUGUUAAAUGAUGCUGUGCAUUAAAAAAAUCGCCUUAUAAGUCGUGUCUAAUUUGCAUUUGUGAAUAAAUUACCGUCUAUACUCAAAGAAAAAUAAAAUUCAUAGAUUGUAUAUUCAAAAUUUUCCAAUUAUUAAGUACUAGGGCAUUGAAUUAUGUAUGUGUAAUUAGAUUUUGUAAUGAUAAUAAAGAUUAAUACUUAUUUAUUCCAGUAUUUAAUUUAGAAGCAAUUUUUCUUUUGGGUAGUUGGGUACAUGUAUUACCAAAUAUGCGUACUUACGUGCAUUUCAAAAUAAAUUCUUUAAAAAAUUUAACGAAAACCACCAUUUUACGCUAAUAAUUUAUAUUUGAAAUAUAUCAGGAAUAUCCUCAAACAAAAAUUAUAGAUAACUUAAUAUAUUUUCUUCAGUUGACAAUUAUAAAUUAUAUUUUCACUUUGCUUUCAAUUAUUUUUCUUCUUAAUAUAAUUUGUAUAUUAUAUUAGGAGUUAUUAAUCUCAAAAGGGCUUACGACGAGAGUAAAUUCUUCAUAUAUGUAUGUAUGUAGAUAGAGCCCAUUUUGAAAUUAAGUCCACUAAUGUAUAAUAUGUUUUAUUUUACAUUUGAUUUAAUUUUUUUAAGAGAAAUUGUCAUUUCACACACAUAUUACAUCAAGCAUCGCUAAAUCUAUACUUGUAAUUUUGUAAAUGUUUUCAGACAUAUUUUCAAUAAGCCAAA